AUGUACGGUAAAGCCUCAACCCGUAGCUACCUUUUACAAUUCAAAUGAGUGUUUUGUUUUGUGUGACUACAGCGCCAGAAAUAAAUCGCUAAAAUAGAGAGACACAUUCUAAUUGAGCGAGGCGUCAAAACGGACAACCAGCCCGCCCGGCUUCGGUUGGGUCAUUAUACUUCAAAACGGACAACCAGCCCGCCCGGCUUCGGUUGGGUCAUUAUACGUCAAAACGGACAACCAGCCCGCCCGGCUUCGGUUGGGUCAUUAUACUUCAAAACGGACAACCAGCCCGCCCGGCUUCGGUUGGGUCAUUAUACUUCAAAACGGACAACCAGCCCGCCCGGCUUCGGUUGGGUCAUUAUACGUCAAAACGGACAACUAGCCGCCCGGCUUCGGUUGGGUCAUUAUACGUCAAAACGGACAACCAGCCCGCUCGGCUUCGGUUGGGUCAUUAUACGUCAAAACGGACAACUAGCCGCCCGGCUUCGGUUGGAUCAUUAUACUUCAAAACAAUGCAUUCUAAAAUAAAUUACACUCACGCUCGCCUUUCAAUGAGUUUAGGCCAUAAUUAGAUAAACAUCGCAUCAUUGUGGCUAUAUCGUAAAAAAUCAUGAAAACAAAAACUAAAUAUAUUUUUGGUCUUAAUUUAAGGUUAGGCAUAAGGUUAGCAGUGUGGUUAGGGUUAACAUCAGAUUUUAAGAAGAUAAUUGUAGAAAUAGACAGGGUUUAGCCAUAAUUAUGACUUUGUAGCUAUGGUAACUAGUGAUGACCCAGCGCCAUUGAGGGCAUCUCCAUUUUGAAGUAUUCCCUUUUCUUCUACUAAUACUUACACCGAGUGUACAAAACAUUAAGAACACCCGCUCUUUCCAUGACAGACUGACCAGGUGAAAGCUAUGAUCCCUUAUUGAUGUCACUUGUUAAAUCCACUUCAAUCAGUGUAGAUGAAGGGGGAGGAGACAGGUUAAAUAAUCAUUUUUAAGCCUUGAGAGAAUUGAGACGUGGAUUGUGUAUGUGUGCCCAUUCAGAGGGUGAAUGGGCAAGACAAAAUAUUUAAGUGCCUUUGAACGGGGUACGGUAGUAGGUGCCAGGCAGCAGGCGCACCAGUUUGUGUCAAGAACUGCAACGCUGCUGGCCGUUUUAGGGCUUCCACCAUGUAAUAAUAAUAUGGCAUUUAGCAGACGCUUUUAUCCAAAGCGACUUACAGUCAUGUGUGCAUACGUUUUUACGUAUGGGUGGUCCCGGGGAUCGAACCCACUACCCUGGCGUUACAAGCACUAUGCUCUACCAAUUGAGCUACAGUAGUGGAAAUAGCCAACUGGGUGGGUAUUCUGGGUGGGUAUUCCCGUGGGUUAUAGCCUCAAAGGCGCUGCCAAUGCUGUCACAGACGCUCUAAUAGGCACAGCUAUAUAGAUGGGUUGUCUAAUUGCAUAUGGGAAGAGGGAGUUUUCCACCCCAAACCAAACUGGCAACCAUUAGAAAGCUCAUCAUAAUAUGCCAUUUAGCAGACGCUUUUAUCCAAAGCGACUUACAGUCAUGUGUGCAUACAUAUUUCCGUAUGGGUGGUCCAGGGGAUCGAACCCACUACCCUGGUGUUACGAGCGCCAUGCUCUACCAAUUGAGCUACAGAGGACCAUCAUCAGACAUGAGUUUCUUUAUCAUAUUAUAGGCUAUUAUUGUUGUCCAAUGUAUAUAUUCAUCAUAGACCUAAGCCUACUCAAAUCUGAGAAACUCAUUUGAUAUUUGUUUUAUUAUAAUGGUUGGCAGGUUGGGGUGAAAUCUCCCAUUUGGGAGUUAUUUCACGUUAUGAGUGAACAGCAUUAUUAUUAACUGUGUUUUAAAUACCCUAUUGGAAUGAAAGGGUCCCACCCUUGAUGAGUGGGAUCACGCACCCUCAUCACACUUAUUUCGGUAUUUCUAUUAAUAUUUGAUAACCAUCAUUCAAGUGCCGCUUAUUUGGCAGGAGCCUGUCGCUAUGACAACGAGCAGAAGGCGGGGUUUGCCAUCUCUACUACGGUUUCACGCUCCAACACCACCCGGUGUAGACAUCUCACAUUGAAAGAAAGGAGAAGGGGAAUGGCAGAAAAGGACAAGAAAGAAAAUGUAAGUCCGGUUUUCCCUAUUGCUUUGUUUGGAUUACAGUUUUAUUUUCGACUGAUGCAUGUUGGAAUGUCGUGA